UUCGAGUGACAUUUGCUCUGAGGCUGCAGGUGAAAAGAAAUGAUCCAUCUCGUCUUGUGAGUUGUUGCGACAGAGUUCAGUUGUUUAAAACACUGUCGUCUUCAAGUAACUAGAAUGGAACGGUCGAAUUAGGCCUCGGGAAGUGAUCUUCAACAGAGGCCUCUGCAGGAAUGGAGAACGGAGGCUCAAUGAACUUGAUAGACUACGGGGAGGCUUUGUGGGAAAAUGCCGAGAAGAACCGGUACAUCUUGUGCCGUUUCAUGAACCCCAACAAGCUGACCUCAUAUCUGCGCCAAUGCAAGGUCAUCGAUGAACAAGACGAAGACGAGGUGCUCAACUCUCGCCUGCUGGAGUCCAAAGUCAACCGAGCAGGUCGGUUGUUGGAUAUCCUGCACACAAAGGGAGAGCGAGGCUAUGUGGUUUUUCUAGAGAGUCUUGAGUUGUACUACCCUGACCUCUACAAACUCGUCACAGGGAAGGAGCCUACACGCAGAUGUUCCACUAUAAUCGUGGAAGAGGGCCAGGAAGGGCUAAUCCAGUUUUUAAUGAAUGAAGUCAUAAAGCUUCAGCAGCAGUCCAAGGCUAAGGAAGUGCAGCGGGUGGACAUCAUGACCAAAUGCCGCACGCUAGAAGAUGAGCACAAGAAGCUACGACUGGCCAACCAGGAGCUGUAUACUUUUCAGGAACGCUACAAUAAAAUGAAAGAAGAGCGUAAUAACUAUAACGAUGAACUUAUGAAGGUGAAGGAUGACAACUAUCAGCUGGCUAUGCGAUAUGCCCAGCUCAGCGAGGAGAAGAAUAUGGCCGUGAUGAGGAGCCGAGACCUUCAGCUAGAGAUUGACCAACUGAAGCACAAGUUGAACAAGGUCGAGGAGGAGUGCAAAAUGGAAAGGAGGCAAUCUCUGAAAUUGAAGAAUGACAUUGAGAACCGACCUCGGAAAGAGCAGAUAUUUGAGCUGGAGCGAGAGAAUGAGGUCUUGAAGAUCAAACUCCAGGAGUUGCAGUCCAUCAUACAGCCCGGGCCUCUACCUGAUUCAGACAAGGCCAUCUUGGAUAUCCUGGAGCAUGACCGACAGGAGGCUCUAGAGGAUCGUCAGGAGCUAGUCAAUAGACUCUAUAACCUGCACGAAGAGGUCCGACAGGCCGAGGAGCUCCGGGACAAGUACCUGGAAGAGAAGGAGGACCUUGAAUUGAAGUGCUCCACUUUGGUGAAGGACUGCGAAAUGUACAAGAACCGCAUGAAUACGGUCAUGGUGCAGCUGGAAGAGGUGGAACGUGAGCGGGACCAGGCUUUCAAGUCAAGAGAUGAUGCUCAGCACCUCGUGUCUCAGUGUCUGAUUGACAAAGACAAGUACCGCAAGCAAAUACGGGAGUUGGAAGAGAGGAGCGAUGAACUUCAAAUUGAAAUUGUACGCAAAGAAGCCAAGAUAGUCAACCUGGAGUGCAAACUGAGACGGAUGGCCAAAGAAAAUGGUUUGGAUCAGAGUCUGCCACGAGACAUUACUCCACUAAUUAUAGCUCAGCACUUUGGGCAACCUGAUGGAAAUACAGGAGGACCUUCAGAGGACUCUGGAGAAGACACUGUUGAUGAUCAAGAGCCUAAGCUCCAACGCAGAAGUAACCUUAAGGGCAGAGUCAGUACAAAUAUAAACAGACCAAAAUCUCCAGCCGCUGGACCCAAAAGUCCUCAAUUCCAUGCCAUGCCUUUCACAAAUGGAGAUCUGUUAGAGCCUGCAGCUACUGACAACACAAGUCUUAACAGUGCCAGUGCAGUGAUUUCUCCUGCAGAGAUCUGCUAUAAAAAUCUGCGAUGCCGUAAUGAUAGUAUCUUGUCCACCGUGCCUGAGCCUCCAGACCAGAACUCCAUUGUCAGGAGAAGCAAGGAGAACCCAAACUCUCAAUACAAAUGUAUUCCCAUUUCAGACACUGCAGAUACUGACAGUGGAGACAAUGCCGACAUGGAUGACCAUGACUUAGAUUCUUCCUUCUAUGGGCCUUCAUCCAUCCAUUCAUCUUCAUCUUCCCACCAGUCUGAGACAAUGGACUCGUAUGAUCUGGAGCAAGUCAAUAACAUCUUCAGGAAAUUCUCUUUGGAGCGACCGUUUCGUCCUUCAUUGACCUCGGGACCUCCGCAAAACACAUUGAGGCCAGUGCAGAGCCUUUUUCUCUCUGGAGAAAACCUUCUGUCGGACAUCACUCUGAUUGGUGGAAAUGAUAGCGGCAUCUUUGUGUCCUCUGUCCAGUCUGGUUCUGAAACAGACCGGGCCGGAGUUAAAGUUGGACAUCAUCUUUUAAUGUUGGAAGGCAGUGUUCGUGGAGAAGCUCAGAGUGUGGCUUUGGACACCUGCACCAAAGAGGAAGCUCACUGGACCCUGCAGAGAUGCACCGGACAAGUGCAUCUCCAUUACAAAUCUAACUAUGAUGGCUACAGGCGGCUGCUGAAGGACAUUGAAGAUGGCACAGUGGUAUCCGGAGACUCUUUCUACAUCCGUCUCAAUCUGAACAUCUCCAGCCAGUUGGACAACUGCUCACUGAACGUACGAUGUGACGAGGUGCUCCAUGUUCUGGACACCAUGCACCAGGGCAAAUGCGAGUGGCUGUGUGCCCGAGUGGACCCUUUCACCAACAAGGACACCGAGAGAGGCACCAUACCGAGCUACUCCAGAGCCCAGCAGCUGCUCUUGGUGAAGAUGCAGAAGCUGAUGUGUCGAGGAGGUCGAGAGGAAGUCGAAACUCUGCGAGGACUCCGGAACACUCUACAACCUGAGGAGCCCACACCACCUCAAGACCCCAAGUGUAGUCCACGUCUGUCCAGAGCCAGUGUCUUCAUCUUUCAGUUAUUACAGUUUGUCAGCAGGGUGGAUAACAAGUACAAGAGGAUGAACAGCAGUGAGCGUGUCCGCAUCGUCAAUGGAGGAAAUCCAUCAUCAGUUUCCAGACCAGGUUUUGAAACGCUGAGGCCUGAGGACACAUCUGACCCAGAGAGCGACUUAAACAAGGGCUUGAAUCUGAUCCCGUACAGUCUAGUGACUCCACACCAAUGCCUGCGCAAAAGACCUGUCCUCUUCACCCCCAACAUCCUCGCCAAGACCAUCGUCCAGAAGUUCCUUAAUCUUGGAGGUGCUAUGGAAUUCAAUAUAUGCAAACCAGACAUUGUGACAAAAGAUGAAUUCCUCAUGAAACAGAAGAUAGAGCCCAUCAUUUAUUCCAAAGAAAAGCAGGCAUGCACAUAUGAAUGCAUCACCCCAGAAAACAUCGAAGCGGUUGCCUUCAAGAAUAAGCACUGUCUCCUGGAAGCUGAUCUGAGCUGUGUGAAAGACUUGUUGAGGAGAGAGAUCUACCCUAUCGUGAUCUUCAUCAAAAUCUGCGAAAGGAACAUCAAAAAAUUAAGGAGGCUCCCUCUGAAGGUGGACUCUGAGGAGGAGUUCUUGAAGAUGUGUCGCUCCAAGGAGAAGGAGCUGGAGAUGCUGCCGUGCUUGUACGCGGCUGUGGAGCCUGACUCUUGGGGUGGGGUGGAGGAUCUCGUCAGGAUCAUCAAGGACAAGAUUUUUGAGGAGCAGAAGAAGACGGUCUGGGUGGAGCAGGACCUGCUGUGACCUGAUCUCAUGAGCAAGUAACGGC